AUGGCGGCAAACACCUAUACAGGAACACCUUCGACGUCCGGCGCCGCAGUUGCAGCUAGCCUAACCGCUCAGACUCGCAGUGGCGGUACAUCUGAGAAGCGUCCUGCACCCGCCACACCUGCCGACAAAUCUGCGAAGCGCCCCAAACUCGCCACGCCACAAAGUAAGCCUGGACCUGCAGUGUCGUCAACCGCUACAGCAGCGAUACUUCCCACUUCACCAAAGGUUCUCCAGAAACCCGAUCCUGUGAUGUCUACAUCUCCAUCCGCCGUGACACACUUCAAGACUGAGGAAAAACCCCAGGAAGCUGUUCCUACGGCGUCUACGCCUUCGUUGUCAGAUGCAACAUGCAUCAAAGCAGAAGAGCCAAUUUGCCCUGGAACCGAAUCCACCGCGUUUUCGUCUACCUCUGUGCCCAAGUCCGCAUCUAACGUGGAGCAUACGGACGCGCCACCACUAACCCCUGCUUCUAGUUCUAAGCCCUUGCCGUCUGUGUCCGUGUCAGACACGACACAUCGCGAUGUAGGACACGGUGGCCAAAAUCACACAGAUGUCGGACCAGCAGCGUCUGCGUCUGCGUCUACUUCUUCUACGUCCGCACUCGCGUUCAAACACGCCGACUGCACUCGCCACUCUAUGUUCUGGCAGCGCGAUGAUUUCGUCGUGCUCCGCGUUCAGAAUACGCUCUUCAAGCUGCACAGGUCUCGGUUGGAACAGGAAUCGACGUUCUUCGCGGAUCUUUUCAAACGCGACACUGAACGACCGGCGGAUAGAGACACGGUGGAUGGCUGCCCGGUCUACCUUGUGGACGGCACGUCCGCAGCGGACUUCGCGGUUCUAAUGGAGGCCAUGGAUGGCGGGAUUACGUACGCGUUGAAUCCCCUGCCUUUCCCGGCUCUCGCCUCCCUGUUACGCGCCGCGCACGCGCUCGCCUUUCCCAGGAUUCUUAACUUCGCAUCGCAUGUCAUGCGGACGACGUGGGCCCCCGACCUCGCGUGCCUCACCUCGGUACGAACACCGAACGCAGCGGAGACCAUCGUCCUCGCACGGACGUGCAACAUCCCGGAGGUGCUCAAACGCGCGUAUUACGAGUUGCUGCGUUCACCAGGAUUUCACCAGUCAAAUGAUGAUAUCGACGACGCAAUCCAGCGUAAAGCGGCGCUCGAAGCGGCGGAAUACGCUCUCCUCCUUGCCGCUCGCGAGAAGCUGCAAGAAGUGUGGAUACAAAUCGCAUCCACGCCCCCGGACACAUCUUGCCCACUCAUCUCUUUUUCUCAGCCAGCGGACGCUGAGCCUCGGCGCGCCUGUGAACAGGCCCACGCAAAGGGUGCGGAGCUGUGGGCAGAGAUGGUUGGGCGAGCACCCGUGUUCAAGGAAGGGAUGCUCGACCCGCUAGGUGCGCUCGAGAACAUCAUCGCCGCUGUCGCUGGUGCGGCGAAGAGCUCAGCCAUGAAAAAAGGUGCCAUUACUAAGGUGCCCGAUGGCGGAGCUGAACCCUUUCCUGCGUCCCCUGCGAGCCGGACGCGUACGGGCUCAUCAUCAGCAUCCGCCGCUGCAGGUGCGGCGAGUCGUACCGCUCAAGCUCAGGCUGGUAGCGCUGCGCGUACGCCGGAGAAGCGCGCUGCUCUAACUGAGCCUGACCGUAUAUCCGCGAAGCGUCGUAGGCUCGAAACGUCACCAUCAGCAGGAGAACAAACACUUUUGGAUUCUGAGCCUCUGCCAUUCGCGUUGUCGACCGUGAAAGUAGAACAGGUGUCACCGAAAUCCGGACCUGCGGAAUUGACAGCUUUGUCCACUGCGUCUGCUCCCUCAUCUUCGGCGAAGUUUGCCCUCUGUACGCGCCACCCCGUCUUCUGGCACGAAAACCCUAUCGUACUCCUCGUGCAGGACACGCUCUUCAAGUUGCACAGGUCACGGCUCGAACAUGAAUCGACGUACUUUGCCGAUUUAUUCAAGCGCAGCAGUAAUCCGCCUCUGGAGGGGGACGUGAUGGACGGCUGCCCCGUCUAUGCUGUCAACAGCGUGUCUGCGGCGGAUUUCUCCGUGUUGAUGGAGGCAAUGGAUGGCGGAAUCAUGUACGCGCUGAACCCCCCACCAUUCCCUGCCCUGGCGUCCCUCCUGCGCGCAGCACACGCUCUCGGGUUCCCGAAAAUCCUCGACUUCGCGAAGCAUGUCCUCCGCACGAUGUGGCCCCCCGACGUAGCACACGUCUCCUCUGUGCGAAUACCGCACGCUGCCGAGACAAUUACCCUCGCGAGGACAUGCGGUGUACCAGAGGUGCUCAAGCGCGCGUAUUACGAGCUGCUGCGUUCCCCAGGAUUCAAGCAGACCGACGACAAUCACGUCGAUACGUGCGCCAAACCCAGCCUCGGCCUGGCGGAGUACAUGCGUCUCGUUGUUACACGCGAGAAGCUGCAGGAAAUGUGGAUUCAGAUCGCCUCCGCUCCAGAAGUUUUGUUGUGCCGGCUCCCUUUCCUUCCCUCACCUUCUGACUCAGACGUCGAACGUCAGCGCGUCUGCUCACAGACGCGCACAAAGGAUGUGGAGGUGUGGGCGGAAAUGGUGGUACAAGUGCCGUUGUUCAAGGAGGGGAUGCUCGACCCACUAGAUGCGCUUUCGAACCUUGCCGCACUGGAUUGGCAUGCACGAGGGUUCUGUUUGCGCUGUGUGAACCAUUGGAGGAGGACAUGGAGGGAGGAGUUGGAUGGGUGUCUCGACUUGAAGUGA